AUGGCAGCUGACACAGGCAGAUACAGGAGCGCAGUUUCCAAAAGCAAAGACCCCUCCGGUUUACUUAUAUCUGUAAUAAGGACACUGUCCAGUAGUGAUGAUGUGCAGGACCGAGAGACGGAGAAGGGCCGUCUGGAGGAGGCGUAUGAAAAGUGUGAUCGGGAUCUGGACGAGUUGAUCGUUCAGCACUACACAGAGCUCACCACAGCCAUCCGAACCUACCAGAGCAUCACUGAGAGAAUAACUAGCUCUCGCAACAAGAUCAAACAGGUCAAGGAGAACCUGCUGUCCUGUAAGAUGCUCCUCCACUGUAAGCGGGAUGAACUGAGGAAGCUGUGGAUUGAGGGUGUCGAGCACAAGCAUGUCCUUAGCCUGUUGGAUGAGAUCGAAAACAUCAAACAGGUGCCUCAGAAAUUGGAGGCGUCCAUGGCCAGCAAGCAUUACCUGCAUGCGACGGAUAUGCUGGUCUCUGCUGUGGAUUCUCUUGAAGGACCUCUCCUGCAGGUGGAGGGCCUUGGCGACUUGCGACUGGAGCUCCACAGCAAGAAGCUCAAUAUCCACCUGGUGCUAAUAGAUGAGCUUCACCGACACCUCUAUAUCAAAUCUACCAGCCGCGUAGUUCAACGGGGCAAAGACAAGGACAAGAACCGGCCUGCACCGAAAGACUCGUCAGUUUUGGAUGUCAGUGGUUUGUCCACUCCACGCAAGAUCACAGAACCUUCACAAUUCAGCACACCUGGAACAUCCAGCUUGCGUGAGGUGCAGGAAAUGAGAGAGGACCUGGACGUGGACCCAGAGGAGAACAGUGCAGAGUUCAUGGGGAUUCUGAUUAAAGCUCUGGCCAAACUCAAGAAGAUCCCUGAGACCAUUAAAGCCAUCAUGGAGAGGCUGGAGCCAGAGCUCAAGCAGAUCCUCAAGAGAUCCACCACUCAGAUUGCUGACCAUGCCUACCAGAGGGGAGAGAGCCUGGCACAGGACAACCAGCCCAGGUUGCUGCUGGAACUGCUGGAGUUGUUGUUUGAUAAGUUGAAUGCGGUGGCCCAGGCUCACAGUGUGGUUCUCAGUCACCUUCAGCAGAUUGUUGUCUCUCCCAAUGGAGCCCAGGAAGGGAUCAAACUCUAUGAGCAGGCUGAUGUCUAUGCCAAAAUUCAAACUGUCCUACAGGUCCUGCUAAUGGACUACCUGGAUGUCAAAAACACCCGUAGCGCAGCAGAACCUUCUGCCCAGCUGUCCUACGCCAGCACCGGUGGAGAUUUUGGAGCGUUUUUCGCCAAGAAGAAACCUCUCAGACCCAAACAGUCUCUUUUCAAGUUUGAGUCUUCAUCCCACGCCAUUAGCAUGAGCGCAUACCUGCGGGAGCAGCGGAGGGAGCUCUACAGCAAAAGUGGAGAGCUACAAGGUGGAGCUGAUGAUAACCUGAUUGAGGGAGGAGAGACUAAGUUCCUGUGUAAACCAGGAGCCAGAAAUAUCACGGUCAUCUUUCAGCCAUUGCUUAGGUUCAUUCAGGAGAUUGAGUCCCGUAUGGGUCCAGCUCAGGCUAAGCAGUGUCAGCUCCGCACAUUCCUCACCUACUACAUCAAUGACCUGUUCCUCAGUCAGGUCCGCACCGAGACCAAUAAGGAAAUUGAGGCUGUGACCAAAGCGUCUGAUCCGCUGAAGAUCCUGGCCAACGCUGACACCAUGAAAACCCUGGGCGUUCAAAGACCACUUCUACAGAGCACUGUGGUGGUGGAGAAGUCCAUUCAGGAUCUAAUGAGUCUGAUGCAGGAUCUCAGUGCGUAUUCCAACCAGUUUCUGGAGAUGGUCUGCGACAAACUCAAGGAGUACAAGGAGAUCUGUAACACUGCAUACAGGCAUAUCGUACAAAUUGAGGAGAAGCUAACCAUCAGUGCGUCCUGGGCUAAAGAUGAAGACAUUAGUCGCCUGCUCCAGUCUCUGCCCAACUGGGCCAGCAUGACCCAACCCAAACAGCUGCGACAGAAGAGAGAAGAAGAGGAGGAUUUCACACGGGCGGCGUUUGCCAAGGAGUCUGAGGUUUUGACGGGCAAUCUGGGGGAUAAGUUGAUUCCCCAAAAUGAGAUUCUGAGGGAUGUCAGUGAUCUGAAGGCUCUUGCUAACCUGCAGGAGAGCAUGGAGUGGCUCGCUACCCGUCUCAGGAGCUUCUUCAGCAGUCUGCCGCACAGUUCCAGUGUAUCCCCAGGCUCAGAUGCACAGGUGAACAGUGAGAGCGUUCGCAGCCGAGAGCAGAUUCUCCAGACGUUGACUGACCUCUCCAGAUCAUUUCAAGACAUCGCUGACCGCUGCCUGCUGGUGCUGCAUCUGGAGGUUAGGGUUCACUGUUUCCAUUAUCUGAUCCCUCUGGCAAAACAAGGCAACUACGCCAUCGUGGCUAAUGCAGCCAGCAUGGACUAUGACCCCCUGGUGGUGAAGCUGAAUAAAGACAUCAGUGCCAUCGAGGAGGUGAUGGGAGCCGCCCUGCAGCAGCACAAGUUUCAGUAUAUUUUUGAGGGUCUGGGUCACCUGAUCUCCUGCAUCCUGAUAAACGGAGCUCAGUACUUCAAGCGCAUCAGUGAGUCUGGCAUAAAGAAGAUGUGCAGAAAUAUCUUUGUGCUCCAGCAGAACCUGACCAACAUCACCAUGUCACGCGAGGCUGAUCUGGAUUUCGCCAGGCAGUACUAUGAGAUGCUGUAUAACACCGCCGACGAGCUGCUGAACCUGGUGGUUGAUCAAGGGGUGCGUUACACAGAGCUGGAGUACAUCAAUGCUCUGAGUCUCCUCCACCGCAGCCAGACAGGUGUAGGAGAUCUGACCGUGCAGAACAUGCGGCUGCAGCGCCUCAAAGAGAUCAUAUGCGAACAGGCUGCCAUUAAACAGGCUACCAAGGAUAAGAAGAUCACUACCGUAUAG